CCAGCCACAGGGUGAGGCUGCCGCGCCCGCUGGCGUCUCUUUCCCUUUGGCCGGGCUUCGGGCUGAGCCAGGCUGGGCGGGACGGGUGGCUCUCUGGGGGCCGGCCUCCAGCUCCCCACUUUUUCUCCCUCUUCCUCCUCCCGGGGCUGUCCCGGGCGGCGCGGCCAAUGAGCGGCGAGAGGAGGGGAGCGGGAAGCGGAGAGCGCACGGUGUGGCGGCCCUCCUCUGCGCGGGUGGCCGCAGCGCCAAAGCCAAGUUCGCUCUCUCUGAGAGCUGGUGUCCAGUCCAGUCUCGGGCCACACCGCCUGGUCCUCCCCAGCGAGACGACAGCGCUGCUCUCGGUGCAGUCACUCAACCGCACCCGGACAGGAGGACACUGGGCAGCGGGGCACGGGCCGGGGAAGCCGCCUGCUGAAGAUGCAGGAUGGCAGACGAGCCUCCGGCCAGCCUCUCCUACCGCACGACGGGCUCCACCUGCCUGCACCCGCUCAGCGAGCUCCUGGGCAUCCCGCUGGACCAGGUGAAUUUUGUGGCAUGCCAGCUCUUUGCCUUGUUUGCUGCUUUCUGGUUUCGCAUUUACUUAAACCCCAGGAAAACUAGCCCUGAGAUUCGCCACGCAUUUGCUACCAUUUUUGGCAUCUAUUUUGUCAUCUUCUGUUUUGGCUGGUACUCUGUGCAUCUUUUUGUGCUGGUGUUGAUGUGUUACGGAGUCAUGGUCACCACGAGCACAUCCAACAUCCAUAGAUACUCCUUUUUUGUAGCCAUGGGCUACCUUACGUUAUGCCACAUCAGUCGAAUCUACAUUUUCCACUAUGGAAUUCUCACUACAGAUUUUUCUGGACCUCUGAUGAUUGUCACUCAGAAGAUCACGACCUUGGCAUUCCAGCUUCAUGAUGGACUAGGUCAAAGAGUUGAGGACCUCUCUGCUGAGCAAUAUCGACUGGCUAUAAAAGUAAAACCCUCUUUAUUGGAAUACUUAAGCUAUCUUCUCAAUUUCAUGAGUGUCAUAGCUGGGCCUUGCAACAAUUUCAAGGACUAUGUAGCCUUCAUUGAAGGGAGACACACACAGAUGAAGCUUCUGGAAGUGAAAUGGAAGCUAAAAGGUUUCCACAGCGUGCCAGAGCCUUCUCCCACUGGAGCUGUGAUACACAAGUUGUGCAUGACCUUGGUGUCUCUCCUUUUGUUUUUGACGCUCACGAGGACUUUCCCUGUCACUUGCCUGGUUGAUGAUCAGUUUGUUCAUAGAGCAAACUUUUUGACUCGACUCUGCUACUUAUAUAUUGUUAUGCAAGCCUCAAAGCCCAAAUAUUACUUUGCAUGGACAUUAGCUGAUGCAGUGAAUAAUGCAGCUGGAUUUGGGUUCAGCGGAGUGGAUAAGAAUGGAAAUUCCUGUUGGGAUCUGCUUUCUAACCUAAACAUCUGGAACAUUGAGACUGCCACAAGUUUCAAAAUGUACUUAGAAAACUGGAAUAUUCAGACAGCUACUUGGCUAAAGAGAGUGUGCUAUGAGAGGGUUCCCUGGUACCCCACGGUGCUAACCUUUAUCCUUUCUGCCUUAUGGCAUGGUGUUUAUCCUGGAUACUAUUUUACCUUCUUAACUGGAAUAUUUGUUACAUUAGCAGCAAGAAAGGUGAGAAGCAACUACAGACACUACUUCCUUUCUUCAAAAGUUCUCAAGUUUGUUUAUGAUGUGGUCACCUGGGUUGUCACUCAGCUGGCUGUCUCUUACACCAUUGCACCCUUUGUCAUGUUGGCAGUUGAGCCAACCAUCAGUUUAUACAAGUCCAUGUACUUCUAUUUACACAUCAUAAGUCUUCUGAUAAUACUGUUUCUGCCAAUCAAACCACAAGCACAUAUUCAAAGCCAGCCUCAGAUACUGAAAUCUGUGAAGAGAAAAACAGAUUGAUAACCUCCAACAGAAGCUGAACAACAUUGGAAAGCUGAAGUGGAAAGGCUCAAAGGUUCUCUACUGACUUAGAGGCAAUGUUUACAUGUAUUUUUUGCUUUUAAAUACAGGGAGUAUUUUCAUAAAGCCUUUUAAUACCAUUACAUGGGCCACACACAUCCAAUUGCUUUAAUAUUUCCUAGGUACUUUGGUUGGUGUAGGUGUGAGCUGGAGCCAUAGAAAAAGUCUGCUGUGGGAUGCUUUUAUCCCCUUCUUUUGGCAUGAUUUCUGGCCACUACAAUCUUGGGAAUCCUGUCAUUUGCUCCAGAAGUUGGAAGGCGAAGCUGAUACAACGUGUCUUUCAGAAUAUACUCCUUGGGAAGUCCCAAAUGUUUGCUUUGUGACAAUACUGAUUUGAAACUCAGUAGCUAAACUCAAAAUACUGUAGAGGAGAGGAACUGCUGAGGAUUUUCAGGUAAUGAAAAUUAUAAGCCAGGAGCAUUAGCUGUGGACACUUGAAUGGACUGAAAGUGAGGUACACCAUAAAGCAGGCUGUUUUCCUACCCUGCCCUGGGAUGCAACCCUUUUCUUUUUUUUCUUUUGAACUGAGCCAAGAUUGGAAAUCAAAAUCUCCUGUACACAUAUACCAAUAAUCAAGGAGAGGGUACAGUUUUUUUCCAAAUAUUUUCUGUCUCACAUCACCGUCUGUUUGCCCCAAAGAAAGACCCAAAUGUUCACACCAGCAAAGAAAAUUGAAUGUCUUUUUAAAAAUAUUUUUAAAAAACUAAAACUUUGAUAUGAAGUAAAUAUUUCUCUUUUCUCUCUUUAUACGUUGGAGGUAUGAAUGACACACAGGCUAAUUUUCCUUUUUCUGGUUUCAAAGCUGAAUAAAUCCAACCUUGUCUUAGUUGAAUCAUACUAGAAAGCAGACAUUAAAAGAGUUUUCUGUCUUUGUUAUGAAUGUAAUAUUGUUCUGUUAGGGAAAUUCCAUUGGGUAAUAUUCUAUGUGGGAGAAAGAAACAUGGUAAUAUUUGCUGUGGAAAAUGAUGACAAUAAUGAAAUAUAUGGUACAAUGUUAUACUGUUAAAUGUCUUGAGUAAAUUCACAUCAGACAUUCUUCAUUCUUUCUUAUUGGAUGAAGGUUGUGUUUCAUAAUAAAGGAAAUAUUUCUGAACAGACAAUUAGCUUGGGUUAGUAGAAACUUUAUCUUUAAAUUGUGUGUAAGAAAUGGGCAGAGCAAGACCAGAGUACCGUUCUACCAUUUGAUGUUCCAUUUUUGUUGUUCCAUUUUGCUUUUGUCUUUGUUUUCUGUAGGUAUUAAAAUAAGUGCCUCAUACAUGUAAGCCACUAAGCUUUUGCCUGGCCCAAGA